AAUUUUCUCUUCUUUUUUCCCCCUUUUUUCUUUCAAAAGUGUUCUUUGUUCUUCAUAAACAGAGAUAAAUAACAACAAAUCACACAUUUAAACAAUAAUCGAAUCAUCUUCUGCCCAAUUUUUCUUUUCCGAUCGAAACUCCAUUUACAGAUUCCGUUGUCUGCGUUGUGUGAGGAUGCGAUACAAGAAGGGGAAUUUGGUUGAAGUGUUGGAUGAAAGCAAACCGCCCUUUGGCUCUCGGCGUUGUGCAGAGGUUGUUGGUAAAACCGGAGACGACUAUGUCGUCCGGUACAACGCUCAGGACACAUCAGGGGUAUUUUUGGAAAUGGUGCCGAAGAAGUCAAUCCGGCCUUGCCCCCCACUUGUGGAGCUUUCGGGAAGAUGGGCACCCGGGGACGUGGUUGAGGUGUUUCUCAACUGCACAUGGAGAAUGGCAAUAGUGUCUAAGGUGAUGAAGAAGAAGCACAUUUUGGUGCGGUUGGUCGGGUCUUCAAACGAGUUCAAAGUCGAGAAUUGUAACGUUCGCGUGAGGCAAUUGUGGAAGGACGGCCGGUGGGCCAUAGUCGGAAAGGAUCCAACUAAGAAUUUGACUAACACUUCACGUGUUCGAUCUAUCAUAACGAAAUCAAGAGCGAAUCCUCGCGGAAAACAUGAGCGCAAACUUCAUAACAUCAACGUCCCGUGCAUCGGCUUUUCAAGAACUCGAAAGAGAGGGCUAUGGACACAUACGCAUCCUCGGAGAGAAGACGACAACGGAGCCAAAUCGGAUAGUGCUAAUGUGUGUAGCUCCGUCGGGAGUUGCAGCGGUGCCGCCACUAGCCCCAAGUUCUCAGUGGGGCCUGCGUGCGACACCGACGCGCGGGAAAGCGAGGGGGAGUCGGUCCGCGAAGAAAUCCACCGGCUCGAAUUGCGUGCAUACCGCGCGACGAUCGAGGCAUUGUAUGCUUCGGGUCCUUUGAGCUGGGAACAGGAAACGUUGAUCACAAAUCUUCGCGGGUACCUCAAUAUAUCUAACGACGAGCACUCGUUGGAGUUGAGGAAUUUGAUAUCAAAUGCCUCAUCAAGCUUUUCAAAUGUCAGCUGAGACUGCAUUUAACCUAAGUUGCACGGAGACGAGGACGGGAACGGGUAAAUAUCAAACGUUCCAAAUUUUACAAAAAAAAGUGUCCGAACGUCCCCAAGUUAGGAUUCUCUCUACCUUUUAGCAGGCGUAAGGUCUGCGUACACACACUCUCGAGACCCUACUAUUAUAAAUUCAAGCUGAGACAAAAAAUGUAAGAAUCUUUUCUUUCUUUUUCUUGUAAAAAAAGCAAAAUGACAGAUGAUUUAGGAAAGCUAGCUAGCUCUGCUCUACCUAUAUUCAGUUAGCUAUGUAACAAAUUUUCAAGCUUUGU